AUGACAACACAAUCGUCAGACUUGGUGUUUCGUAUUUAUUCUAUGCACAAUUAUGAACAACAUGUUACCGAAAUGAAUGAUUUAUUUCAACGAUGUGAAUCCACUAAUUAUAAGUCAGUAACGAUGGGUGAUAACAAUAAAUUACCCAUUGUAUUUCAUUGUGAAUCUAUCGAUUACCUUCGUUGCAUGAAACAAUAUCCCGAAUCGUACUGUUAUACAUUGAUAAACCCAAAAGAUGGUUGUGUUGUUGCUAUUGUGGCUCUUCAUAUAAAAUUUGUAUAUUUUGGAUCGUCUUUGGUGACUGUUACAUUUAGUCGUUUAGCUCGCGUUGAUCCAGCUCAACGACGACAAAACCUUUCAAUAAAUCUUAUGAUGCAAGUGAGCCAAACUGUUAUUGAUCAUGGUUCAGACUAUAUAACAGGCUACACAACAUAUACCAAUGUUCCAUCAUUAGGUCUACAACAACGUUUGUACGGUUCAUUCUCAAAUACACUUAGUCAGCUCAAUCAUUUUAUCCUUUCAACAGGAACUACUUCCGAAACAAUUAAAUUACAUAAACUUAGCGUCGAAGAAACAGAACGUCUUUGGAUGGUUGAUAUGAUUGAUUGGGUUCAGCGUCCCUCACUAUCAGAUUUACACCGUAUCAUACAUAUGAAUGAAUAUAUAGGUAUUUUCGCUGUUGGAGAUUUCUCGUCAGGACGAUAUGCAGCAGCAAUGAUAUGGGAACCAUUAACUGUGAUGCUUUGUGACGAUCGAUCUAGUACAAACAAUGCAUAUCGUGGUCGAUUCCGUUUAGCACUAAACUUUUUCCAAUCAUCCAGCUCACUACCAUCGAUUACAGUUCAUGAAAGAGAACAUCUCAUAUCUGCACUCAGCAAUGCAGCAGCCAAUGAUAAAAUUCCAUUCCUGAUAUGUGACAUUGAGGAGUCAUCACCAUUUACAUCGUUAGUACAACAGAAAGCUCUAGCUGUGACAACAGCGAAUAUAUCUCGAGUUCCUUUGACGAAACGAUUUGCAGAUAUGGCCGAUCAAUUUACUAAUUCACCCAUUUGGUUCGAUCCACGUGAUUUUGGUAGUCUACUGUAUUUUAAACCUCUCUCGAAAGAAUUACAGUCACAAUUAUGA